AUGAAUGCUCUUCUCACUUUCCGCGACAAGUCUCCAGCAGCCGAGGCGCCGUUCAAGGAUGAUAACUCCAACGCCGAUUCCGCCUCCCAAUCCUCCUACACCACAAACCAUUCACGCCAGUCCAGCACCAGUGUCUACAGCACAUCCACCUCCACCACCGACCACGAGGCGUAUCACAACCUUCAACUCGAGUUGGACGUAGCCUAUGAAAACAUCAGAGAACUUCACCAAAAGUAUGAGGACCUCGAGCGCACUUCUAACUACGCGAGGGGACAGCUGGAGAAUGACAUCGAAUUACUGCGCCUUAAACUCCAGAGAGCCAAAGAAACGGAGGCAGCCCCCGCUUCUCCUUCCGCGAGAGAACUCGAACUAGAGGCUUCACGGGCGGCCGCUGACGCGAGGGUGCAGGAGCUGGAGGCUGCACGGGCGGCUGCUGACGCGAGGGUGCAGGAGCUGGAGGCUGCAGCCACGUCGAGUGCGGAGCGGACGAGCAGGCUGGGUGCCGAGCACGCCGCGCGCGUCGCUGAGCUGGAGGCUGCACGGGCGGCCGCUGACGCGAGGGUGCAGGAGCUGGAGGCUGCAGCCACGUCGAGUGCGGAGCGGACGAGCAGGCUGGGUGCCGAGCACGCCGCGCGCGUCGCUGAGCUGGAGGCUGCACGGGCGGCCGCUGACGCGAGGGUGCAGGAGCUGGAGGCUGCACGGGCGGCUGCUGACGCGAGGGUGCAGGAGCUGGAGGCUGCAGCCACGUCGAGUGCGGAGCGGACGAGCAGGCUGGGUGCCGAGCACGCCGCGCGCGUCGCUGAGCUGGAGGCUGCACGCGCUGUCGCUGACGCGAGGGUGCAGGAGCUGGAGGCUGCAGCAACGUCGAGUGCGGAGCGGACGAGCAGGCUGAGCGCCGAGCACGCUGCGCGCGUCGCUGAGCUGGAGGCUGCACGGGCGGCCGCUGACGCGAGGGUGCAGGAGCUGGAGGCUGCAGCCACGUCGAGUGCGGAGCGGACGAGCAGGCUGGGUGCCGAGCACGCCGCGCGCGUCGCUGAGCUGGAGGCUGCACGCGCUGUCGCUGACGCGAGGGUGCAGGAGCUGGAGGCUGCAGCAACGUCGAGUGCGGAGCGGACGAGCAGGCUGAGUGCCGAGCACGCUGCGCGCGUCGCUGAGCUGGAGGCUGCACGCGCUGUCGCUGACGCGAGGGUGCAGGAGCUGGAGGCUGCAGCAACGUCGAGUGCGGAGCGGACGAGCAGGCUGAGUGCCGAGCACGCUGCGCGCGUCGCUGAGCUGGAGGCUGCACGGGCGGCCGCUGACGCGAGGGUGCAGGAGCUGGAGGCUGCAGCCACGUCGAGUGCGGAGCGGACGAGCAGGCUGGGUGCCGAGCACGCCGCGCGCGUCGCUGAGCUGGAGGCUGCACGGGCGGCCGCUGACGCGAGGGUGCAGGAGCUGGAGGCUGCAGCCACGUCGAGUGUGGAGUGGACGAGCAGGCUGGGUGCCGAGCACACCGCGCGCGUCGCUGAGCUGGAGGCUGCACGGGCGGCCGCUGACGCGAGGGUGCAGGAGCUGGAGGCUGCACGGGCGGCUGCUGACGCAAGGGUGCAGGAGCUGGAGGCUGCAGCCACGUCGAGUGCGGAGCGGACGAGCAGGCUGGGUGCCGAGCACGCCGCGCGCGUCGCUGAGCUGGAGGCUGCACGGGCGGCCGCUGACGCGAGGGUGCAGGAGCUGGAGGCUGCAGCCACGUCGAGUGCGGAGCGGACGAGCAGGCUGGGUGCCGAGCACGCCGCGCGCGUCGCUGAGCUGGAGGCUGCACGGGCGGCUGCUGACGCAAGGGUGCAGGAGCUGGAGGCUGCAGCCACGUCGAGUGCGGAGCGGACGAGCAGGCUGGGUGCCGAGCACGCCGCGCGCGUCGCUGAGCUGGAGGCUGCACGGGCGGCCGCUGACGCAAGGGUGCAGGAGCUGGAGGCUGCAGCCACGUCGAGUGCGGAGCGGACGAGCAGGCUGGGUGCCGAGCACGCCGCGCGCGUCGCUGAGCUGGAGGCUGCACGCGCUGUCGCUGACGCGAGGGUGCAGGAGCUGGAGGCUGCAGCCACGUCGAGUGCGGAGCGGACGAGCAGGCUGGGUGCCGAGCACGCCGCGCGCGUCGCUGAGCUGGAGGCUGCACGGGCGGCUGCUGACGCAAGGGUGCAGGAGCUGGAGGCUGCAGCCACGUCGAGUGCGGAGCGGACGAGCAGGCUGGGUGCCGAGCACGCCGCGCGCGUCGCUGAGCUGGAGGCUGCACGGGCGGCUGCUGACGCAAGGGUGCAGGAGCUGGAAGCUGCGGUUAGGCGUGUUGUUGAAGCGCUGUUUGUGGAGCCUUUUUGUGUGACUGAGCAUUUUAUUGUCGAGAACAAGAGGACCGUAAACGGCGUGGAUCAAGUUUGUUUUGCUAGAGAGCUAGAGGAGCGAGUGAAGCGUCAGGUGAAGGAACGCGAGGCGGCGAUGUGCCGAUUACUAAUGGAAGUUACGCAGCUAAAGGCCAAGUUGGCGGUUGCGGAGGCGGAGAAGGCAGAGAUGGCACGGAAUCGGAAGGUGGCUGAGCAAGAGGUGCGUCGGCGCGCCGAGGCAACCGAGCAAAGUGGGCUGUUGAACGGCGAUGACAGCGUUCCUAGGAGCAGGGGGAAGUGCUGGGGAAGUUGGUGCCCAGUAUGUAACGUGAUGUGA